UUUUUUCUGUUGGCGAUGCGAAGGGGGAAAACGUCAUUCUGCAACAGUAAAAUGGCCAAUUGCUUGCCUGUCUCUCUUUCAAGAAUUUCCCUUUUUCAAGACACUUUCUCUCUCAUCCAUCCAUCAUAGGGAAACGAGAAGAGCUGAAAAGAUCAAGAAAACCUAACUCUUCCCUUCUGUGUCUGGAUCUCGGUUGUUCGUCUUCAAGAGAAAACAAAUAAAGAAAAGAAAACCCUAGUUUUUGGGAGCUACUUGGUUGAUUACUACAAGCCCUGGCGUUUGUUUCAUCCGAGCUUAUAAGGAGGUUUGUUUAUCCUAUGAAUUUCAGGACAAUUGGAGGUAAUUAAUCGGAUUAUAUUGAGUCAGAUGAGAUAUAUAAGUGCUGAUUACUGAUUAAAAAAAAAAGAAAUGAUGCAUUGAAACUCGUGUUUCUCUGUUUAUUCGAGUGCGAGGGGCAUUUUGGGAGGGACGUUUCAGGUUUGUUUUGAUUGUAGAUUUGGUGGAUCAGAGGAUGGAAUAACUUAAAAACAGCUGCUAUUUUAGUAGCUCUUGUUUUGUGCUAGAUGUGGAUUUAAAUAUGAUUGGAUACUCAUGGAUGAUGCUAAGCUAUAAUUAGCCUAUUAAAUGCACUAAUCAUCUGAUUUUCCAGUGUAAAUCAAUGGGUUUCUUUUUUCCUUUGAAGGUUUAGCAUUUAGAUUUAGUAGAUAGAUAUGAUAGCAGGCUAUUAAGGCAAGUGGAUAUAGGAGUCUCUGGUGAUUAACUUAGGCCUGUAUUGUUGGUGACGAUUGGUGUAAUUUGUAGUUGAAGAAAUAUAUUUAUCGGACUUUGCUCUCGGAGUUGUUUUCUGUAAAGUUUUACAGAAUGAACUUAGAAAAUGAAGACGAGCACACUCUGGAUCAGCCUGCUGCGAUAAACAGUGAAUCGCAAAAGAAUUUGAAAAUUACGUAUUCAAGAGAUUUUCUACUAUCGUUCAGUGAACUGGAUAUUUGCAAAAAGCUACCCAGUGGAUUGGACCCAUCUCUUUUGAGUGAAUCUGAGGAUGCUCCUGGAGAUAGACAAAAAACUCCCAGUGGGUUGUCACUGCAUAGUUUCAGGAGAAAUGAGUAUGGUUCAUCCCCACCUACAAGAGGGGAGUCUGGUAAUUUUUCUCGGGGAAUCCAUGGAAGGUGGGAUAGUCGCUCUUCAGGACGGAGUGAUAGGGAUAGUGACUCACAAUCUGAUUGGGAUUCGGAAUCUGGAAGGCGCUAUGGCAACCAAUCUCGGCGUUCUUGGCAAGUUCCAGAGCAUGACGGACUUCUUGGAAGUGGUUCAUUUGCAAGGCCUUCUGGAUACACAGCUGGAGCAUCUGCUCCAAAGUUUCGAGCUAAUGAUCAUUACCAGCUCAAUAGGAGUAAUGAGCCAUAUCAUCCACCACGCCCUUACAAAGCAGUUGCUCACCCUCGGAGGGAAACUAAUGACUCAUACAAUGAAGAAACAUUCGGUUCUUCUGAAUGUACAAGUGAGGAUAGGGCAGAAGAGGAAAGAAAGAGAAGAGCUUCUUUUGAGAUGAUGAGGAAGGAACAGCAGAAAGCCUUUCAAGACAAGCAAAAAAUUAAUCCGGAGAAGCAUAAGGAUGAAUUUGAUAUUAUGACAUUGCUUGAGGAUUCCAAAAAUGAUGAGGGAACUUCAAAUAAAAGCAAUCAAUUUGAUAAACCUGUGAUGCUUAAUGCUCCAAAUGCUGAUUCUGACAAACCUGUUCUCCUGUCACAAACUCCUGCAUCCAGACCUCUUGUGCCUCCAGGUUUUUCAAAUGCCAAUUUGGAAAGGAAUUUUGGAGCCAAAAAUAUUAUUCAUCCCCCUUCAGUAGAGGUUGGAAGUUCUGAACAUGAGGGUGGUAUCUUGCCUGCCAAAGGUAACCUUCUGUCAAAUGGGACAUUUGAUAAUGAAGACAAGCAAUCUGUAGAACAAAUUAGCUCAACUCAUCCACGUGAAAGUAUGAGUAUUCGUGUUUCAGCAAGCGGAAAGAAUGAUAAAGUUCACAAUUUAACUUCCGGCCUAGAUGUGUUCAAUAAGACAACAGACUCUGAUGGUCAAAUAUGUAAGAGUUCUAAUCUUCUGAAAACCUUUCAAGCAUCUGAGGAAAGUGAAGGUGUAGAGGUUGAUGUUGAGAAGGUCACAGACAGAAAAAUUGUCUCUGAAUCAAGUCAAGAUCAGUCAUCUUCAAUUCUUGAUAAGCUUUUUGGCAAUGUUUUGACAGUUAAUGGUGGUGGCUCCAAUAGUCUUGUUGAGCAUGAUAGUAAAGCAGAUGACAUAUGGAGUCCUCAUUCUGUCCAAUCUUCCAAGUUUGCCCAUUGGUUUCUUGAUGAAGAAAAGAAGCCAGUGGAUGAACUUUCCUCUGGCAAGCCAAAUGAUUUGCUCUCACUAAUUGUUGGUAGUGAAAAAGGGGGAUCACAACCUUCUGAUGCGAAGGCUGCAAGGCUCAUCUCAUCCAAUUAUCUGGCCCCAAGCCCAGAGCUUGUCACAAACGGAAAUUCUGAGCAAUUAGGUGAUAGUAAUAUCAAUAACAUCAGUAAAACAGCAGCUGUCCUCACAUGCGAAGACCUUGAACAGUCCAUUCUAUCAGAAAUUAGUACAAGUGAUGCAACCUUGCCGUCUUCUUCGCAAGGUGGGGGUUUUGGUGAGCCUACGACUGAACAGAAAAAAAUAGAUGCUGAUGAUCAUGCAUCUCAGCACCUCCUUUCACUGUUGCAAAGGGGAACUGUCCCAAAAGAUGUGGCACCAUUCCCUGGUAUAGAUAUCAAGUUUGUGGACAGACAAUUUAAUGGGGAUGUAUCAAAUAUUGACAAUGCACUUCAUGAUUUUAGGGAUGCAAAUGCUGAAAAUGUUUCUGAUUCAGGGAAGAGUCUGACACUUGAAACACUUUUUGGUACAGCCUUUAUGAAGGAAUUACAAUCUGUAGGAGCACCUUCAUCUGCUCAAAGAGGCUCAGUUAUGUCUUCUAGAGUUGAUAUUUCGAAAAUUCAUGAUGGUCUUCUUUCAUCUGAAGUCGACAUUGAUUCCAGCAGGACUAGUUAUGAAAGUAGUAUCCUGGCAUCAAAUCAGAGAGAGCAAAUAAAAUCAGAUAGGAGCAAAGAACAUUUGUUAGGCUUUGACGAUUGUCGAACUGAAGUCGAUUCGCCACGGCUUCGAAAUGAAUUAGAAUCUAAACUUGGUGGCUUUGAUGGACCUGUUGAUAUUCGACUCUCUCAAGAGGAUAGCUCGAUUCCUCUUGGUGAUUGUACAAAACGCCUUAUGAACUCAUCCAAAGUUGAAUUAUUUCCCUCCCCAGCUGCACCAGUUGACAUUGCGGAAAAACUAGCAGCUUUAAAUUCUGUCUUCGGGGACGAAAGACUCAUUACAGGUCAAGAAGGUCCACCGUUUCUUCGUGGUUCUUAUGAUGCAAGGGAGCCUGAUAUUUUGCUUCAUAAUAUGCAAAUCCAACCAUCAUCUCCACAGCUUCACCCACAGUUAAAUCAUGUGGGACCAUUAUUCAAUCCACUAGAGUCUCAUCCUGCUAACGUAAAUUCUCAUAUGAAGUUCAUGGGUCCAGAGGGCAUCAUCCAUCAUGAUCCUCCACCCACUCAUCAAUUGCCUGCAAAUAUGCUUCGUCCUCCUUUCCAUCAUCCUCGCCCAGGACUCCCUGCAUUUGAUCCUUCUGCCCACAAUCAUCAUCCUAUCUUACCACAGAUGCACAUGCCAGGAAGUUUUCCUCCACCUCACCUACUACAAGGAUUUGCCAGCAGUCCUCAUUCAAACAAUCAAAUGCCAGGUUUUGUACCGGAUAUGAACCCAAUGCAAGGUUUCCCUUUUGGUCCCCGGCAGCCCAAUUUCGCUGGUCAUGGAAUGCCACCACCAGCUGCUGAUGUUGGGGUUGGAACCAAUAAUCCAGAGACACUACAGAGGCUCUUCGAGAUGGAACUCCGAUCAAAUGCUAAGCAGAUUCACCCAUUAGCUACAGCUAGUAAUAAUCAGGGGAUGUAUAAUUAUGAGCUAGACAUGGGUUUCAGGUAUAGGUAGUGGAUUUGGAUUAAGUUUUUGUAUAUUGUGCUAUUGUCAUCCACACUUGCACUCAUAUCCGAAACUAAUUGCGUGGAUGAUGGGUUUAACAUGCCUUUUCCAAAGCUGGUGUAAUUAAUGGAUUUUUAUGUGAUUUUAUCAGCAUUUGUUUGGUUUUUCUA